GAUCAGGACAGCUUUACCAAACAUGGACCGAGAAGUCAAGGAACAAUACCAAGUACUUAUCCAAGCCAAGGACAUGGGAGGGCAACUAGGUGGUUUGGCAGGCACUACCACUGUCAAUAUAACACUUACUGAUGUCAAUGAUAAUCCACCUAGGUUUCCCAAAAGUAUAUUUCAUUUAAAAGUACCAGAGAAUUCACAAGUUAGGUCACCAAUUGGAAGAAUACGGGCAGUGGACCCUGAUUUUGGAAUAAAUGCAGAAAUUGAGUACAAUAUUGUUCCUGGAGAUGGUGGGAAUCUUUUUGAUAUCAUAACAGAUAAUGAUACACAGGAAGGGAUUUUAAUCCUAAAAAAGCCUCUGGACUUUGAAACAAAAAAGGCCUAUACAUUUAAAGUUGAGGCUUCCAAUGUGCACCUGGAUCAUCAUUUUAAUUCAGUGGGACCUUUUAAAGACACAGCUACAGUAAAAAUAAAUGUUCUGGAUAUUGAUGAGCCUCCAUUGUUCAGCAAACCUUUCUAUAACAUGGAAGUAUAUGAGGACACGCCUGUGGGCACCAUCAUAGGAGCUGUUACAGCACAAGAUCUAGACAUAGGAUCCAGUCCUGUUAGAUAUUAUAUUGACGAUAAAAGUGAUAUCGACGACAAUUUUUCUGUUGACCCAACUGAGGGAACCAUCUCAACAAAAGAAUUACUGGAUCGGGAGAGCACUGCACAAUUUAACAUAUCAAUAAUUGCAAGUAAAAUUAGUAAUCCACAAUUAACCAGUUCAGUCAAUGUCAUCAUACAUAUUCUAGAUGUCAAUGAAUUUGCCCCUGAGGUGACAAUACCAUAUGAAACGUCUGUAUGUGAAAGUGCCAAACCAGGACAGAUUAUCCAAAUUAUUGGUGCUGCUGACAGAGACAUGUCACCUACAGGGCAGAAAUUUUCCUUCAGACUGCCACCUGAUGGUUUGACAAAUCCCAAUUUCACCAUCCAUGACUUUAAAAAUAACUCAGCUGGUAUUGAAGCACAGAGACAUGGGUACAAUCGCAGAGAAAAAGAGUUCUAUCUCCUUCCAGUGGUAGUAGAGGACAGCAGUUACCCCAUCCAAAGCAGUACAAGCACAUUAACUAUUAGAGUAUGCAGAUGUAACUCAAGAGGGACCGUCCUCUCCUGUAACGUGGAAGCUAUUUUUUUACCUGUUGGUUUAAGCACUGGUGCUUUGAUAGCCAUUUUGCUGUGCAUUAUUAUACUUUUAGUUAUAGUGGUACUUUAUGUAGCAUUAAGAAGACAGAAAAAGAAAGAUGCUCUGAUGACAUCGAAAGAAGAUAUAAGAGAUAAUGUAAUUCAUUAUGAUGACGAAGGAGGUGGGGAAGAAGACACUCAGGCCUUUGACAUUGGGGCUCUAAGAAAUCCAAAGGUAAUUGAAGACAACAAGGGACGCAGAGACAUAAAGCCUGAACCUUUGUGUUUGCCUCGUCAUAAACCACCAGCAGAAUACAAUAGUGACAUCAGAGAUUUCAUCAAUGAAAGGCUGCAGGAGCAUGAUGUUGAUCCAAAUGCUCCACCAUAUGACUCACUAGCAACCUAUGCCUAUGAAGGCUCUGGAUCAGUAGCUGAAUCAUUGAGCACCAUAGAGUCACCUAGUAUGGAAACAGAUCAGGAUUAUGAUUUUUUAAGUGACUGGGGCCCUCAAUUUAAAAGCCUGGCAGAAAUGUUUGGAGAAGAAACUUUCAACAAAGAGAAAAUCACUUAAUUUACAAAUGUGGCAAGCAAUCAAAAAGCUUUAUCUAGACUAUGUAAAAAAGUUUUAUAUUAAAAUGCUAAAAUAUUUAUCAUACUGUCAGUUUUUGU